AUUCCCACGCGUCUUGACUCAAACGCCUCAGUCGUCAAUCACGCAAGCAGUGUUGAUCACGCGCACUUUCUUUGGGCUUGUUGCUUUUGGGGGAGAGUUUUCCAUCGCAGUUUUCAUCUUUCUUCCAAAGCAAACGACAGCAGCAGCAGCAGCAGAAAGGAACAAACGAACGAACGACGACGACGACGACAAGUUUCUAUACAAUUCUCCAAUUACAGGUUUUCCCUUUGUGACACUCCCACUCUAUUAAAAGCCAUGCCUGUUCGGUCCCAAUUCAAGGACGAACAUCCGUUUGAGAAACGAAAGCAAGAAGCAGAGAAAAUCAGACAAAAGUACCCAGAUCGCAUACCCUGCAUCGUUGAAAAGGCCGAAAAGAGCGAUAUUGCGCCGAUUGAUAAGAAAAAGUACUUGGUCCCAUGCGAUUUGACAAUGUGUCAGUUUGUCUAUGUCAUUCGCAAGAGAAUUAAACUGAGCCCCGAAAAAGCCAUCUUCAUUUUCGUCAACAAUGUGCUUCCCCCCGGCUCCUCGCUCCUCAGUGAAGUCUACCAAGAACACAAGGACGAGGAUGGAUUCCUCUACAUUGUCUAUGCCAGCGAAAAUACUUUUGGCGAUGCCUAAUGGUCAAGUCAAAUGCGUCCGCGUAUGAAAGUUGCACCCCGUUUUUUUUUUUAUGUAAAUAUCGGCAGUUGUGAGGGUUUGUUCUGGGUAGGAAAAAGCUGUUCUGGUACAUGUUGAGCUCCUUGUUUUCUGUUUGUGCUAUUCUUGUUGUCUUUUUUUUUUUUUUUUGUAUUGCGACACACAAAUGAGUGAGGUGGAUAGGAUAUCUGCAAAAAACAUGUAGUUGUUUAUGUUCUAUACUGCGUAUCCUUUUUUGCUUUGGAACGAAGUGCAAGG